CAUAAACAAGAGCCCUAGCAUUGUUUGCAGCUAUAAAUAAUCUGCGUUCCGCUAAUUCAUCUCCCCCGCACACCCCUCAACCAAAAUUACCUCCUUAAAUUCCCCUUCCCCUCCUCUCCUCUCCCAAUCUCCGUUCUUCACCUUCAUUACACACUGUUUGUGUUUCUUGUUUGUUCUUCUCUUUUUCUUUAUUUCUCCACUUCAAGAACGCCAAGAAACGCUUCAUACAAAGGUUUUUUUUCGCUCGAUUAGCGUCUGUAUUGCAGCGUAAUCCCUGAUCAAAACCAAGAAAGGGUGAAUGUUGUAAUGGAGAGUAAAGGUGGUAAGAAGAAAUCCAGCAGUAAUAGUAGUAGAAUCCAAUACGAAGCUCCCCUCGGUUACAUCAUCGAAGACGUUCGUCCCAACGGUGGCAUUGAGAAAUUCCGUUCUGCUGCUUACUCCAACUGCCAGAGGAAGCCAUCCUGAUAACCCUUUACAAGAACAUGGACGCUUCUGUAGAGUAGGAAAUUUCUGAUUCUUUUUGGUUUUUUUCAAAGUUUUUUCUUAAAUCAAAUAAAGCCUUUUUUCGUUUUCUGUCAAAUUACUGCUAGCUUUCUUCGAUCAUUCGUUCCUUAGUUCAUCUUUCUGCUACUGUUCCAUUGCUGCAAUGGCUGUUUCACCCAUCGGUUUCGAGGGCUUCGAGAAACGUCUCGAGAUCACCUUCUCCGAGCCUGCCAUGUUCUUAGAUCCAAACGGGCUGGGCCUACGGUCCCUGAACCGGGCUCAGAUUGACUCCAUUCUCGAGCCCGCUUGCUGCACCAUUGUUUCACAGCUCUCCAACUCUGAGGUGGACUCCUACGUUCUAUCCGAGUCCAGCCUCUUCAUUUACCCUCUCAAGAUUGUUAUGAAGACGUGUGGGACUACGAAGCUCUUGCACUCCAUCCCACAAAUCUUGGAACUCGCCGGUUCAAUCUCCCUCGCCGUCCGAUCGGUUCGCUACUCGCGCGGAACCUUCAUUUUUGAGAAUGCCCAGCCUGCGCCUCACCGGAGCUUCACUGAAGAGGUGGAUUUCCUCAACUCCUAUUUCAAGAACGGGAGCGGCUAUUUACUCGGCGAUCCCAGUUUCCCGAAUCGGAACUGGCAUGUCUACGUGGCCGAGGUGGAAUCUGAGAAGGCCGUGGCGGAUCCAACGGUUGGGGUUAACUUGGAGAUGUGCAUGACUGGGUUGGACCGCGAAAAGGCCGCUGUGUUUUUCAAGAACCCGGGGACUGAUGGUGAAAUGACUAAAACGUCAGGAAUAAAUGAGAUAAUUCCUAGCCACGAGAUUUGCGACUUUGAGUUUGAGCCGUGUGGAUACUCAAUGAACGCGAUUGAGGGUGCAUCUUACUCUACUGUGCACGUUACCCCGGAGGACGGGUUCAGCUAUGCCAGCUACGAGGCUAUGGGGUUGGACUUUGGGUCGGUCGAGCUCCGGCCGUUGAUAGGGAGGGUUCUUAGGUGUUUCAGGCCGAAGGAGUUUAGUGUGGCGAUCACGUGCCCCAACGGUAGCCUGCCUGAGGAAUGUGGUGAUGUGGAGGGUUACGCGUUGGAGAGUGCGGUGGUUAAGCCGUUAUCGAGCAGCACUUGUGUGAUUUAUUGGUGUUUCACGGCUGGGGGAAGAGUCGAAGGACCAAGUUGGCCAUGCAGUGCAGGGAGGAGGAGGCGGAGAUGGGUGGCGCAGGGGUGGCGAUUUCUUGCGUGGGAUCAUGUUAGGUUUAUAAGAUUUCUCGUCUCAUCGGCAUUUUGA